AUGCCUGGGACGAAAGUAGAUCAAAGUGAAGUGCGCCAACUUGUGGACAAAUUUAAAUCAGAUGGAGCAUUUGAUAAGCUGAGACACAAAAUAUUUGCUUCAAUCAUCUCCUCAGAUCGUUUCAAAAAUGUAGCUUCAAGAACUGAGGCUAUUGUCGAUGAUUUAUUGAAAACUGUUACACCUGAUUUCACAAAAAAUAAAGCUCGUGCUCUUCUUCGAGAAAGACUUUCUUCUGAACAUAGUUCAGAGUAUGCUGUCAUGAUUUCUCAAGGACUAGAAGCUGAUGAAACAUUACAUAGUUUACUGGAAGAAAUUGGUCAUUAUGUAGAUUCAUUUGUUGGCAUCGCAGAGCAAGAAGUAGUUCAAAAUUCUCAGCUACAACAUUGUGACGCAAACCAUGAAGUUUGUGAUAUGGAAAUAGAUUCUGAUUCGGAGCCAAAUUCUCGUACCAAUGUAACCAAAGAAAUAUCUGUGUCUGAAAUAGCACUACCUCCUUACACUUGUGAUGACCAUCUCUUCAAAAAGCCUUAUCCUAUAAGACCAGUCAGUCGCAAUAUAAGAGGCAUGAGUCUUAAUACACCUUUCUUAAAACAACAGAAUCAGGUAAAUGUUGGAUCAAACUUUCCGUUUAAAGGUCCUGUCGAUGCAUGGUCUGGCAGUACAUCAGUUACUUUACAGAAUCAAAGAACUCUUGCAAACAGAUAUUUAAACUCGAAGGAUGCAAUGCUUACUAAGUAUUAUAUGACUUCUUUGACCGACUUUCAUGCAAGACGUCGACACACUGCAUAUAAUGGAAAUUUACCAUCUUAUCGUUAG